CUAACCACCAUAAAAAAAUUUAAUCAAACUCUCACAGGUAUUGAGACCAAUUUGAUUUUUCAUUUUUAUAUGAACAUUGUCGAAUGAAAAAUUUCUCCAAAAACAUGAACCAGUAUUUAAAAUUUCAAAAUAGAGGAUGUCUCAUGUUACGUGAUAUACAGUAUAAAAAAAUCUAUGAACAUAUUCUGAUAGUGCAUGGCAAUAUUUAAAUAGAUUUCCAAUACCUCUACAAAUGAAAAAAAUUAUAGAAGAAAUUAAAUAUUGAAAUCAUACAUUUUUUCCUGCAUUCCUCUGGAAGCAAAAAAGUUUUGAAAUUGAACCGAUUCUGUAUCUCUUAUCGUUUUUGAAAUCCAUGCAUAGACUCGAAUUUGAAGAGCCCCAUAAAAAAAUUACCUUAGCUUUAAAACUUUCAUAAAUUUAAUAAGCCAAUAUAUUUGUCAGAUUAUAAAGAAUAUCUCUUCUCACCAUUAUUACCCUAUACUUCAGAAAAAUUGUUGAGGAAAACACUUGACUUAUAUUAUAGCAAGAGAAAUUGGCUUGAAGAUAUGUAAUGAAGCAAAGUUUUGAGAGUACUUGGCAUGAAAGUAGAAUAGAUUCUGAACCUCAUUCUCCAAAAGAUUAUUACAACCUUAAAAAUGUUUCUGUCAGACGUAAAUGGCUUGCUGAUGUUCUUCAAGAAAAUUCUGAUGUUACUCCGGAAGAUGUGCAGUACAAACAUAUUAUGCGUAUGCAUUCAUAUCAGAAGUAUCUCCGUAAAACUAAAGAGAACUAUGAUAAUUAUAUGUUUUAUGGAUCUGGACUCGUUAGUAAUGUUGAUCACUAUCCCGAGAUAGAAAAGCACCUUCCAGUACAAGCAAAAAGACGAAUAAAUAAACCAGAAGAUACAUCCAAAUCCCCGCUCUACCAUCCUGAGAUUUUGGAUGAUAUUUCGGAUGAGCCCUGCUUAGACUUGAAUCUCCAAAAUGGUAUGGAAUUCCAGCCAUUAGAUGAUCUUGAUAAUUCCGAUUAUGGUCUCUCUAUAUCAACUGAACCACUGUUAUCAAAUUCACACAUGACAGUCACUGCUCCAAAAAGAAAAGCUAAGAAAUUCAAGGAUGAAGAAUCAAAAAAGAAGUGGGAGGACAUGAUGGCCCUGAAGAGGAGAAAACUGUUCACCAGUAUAGUCAAAAAGGAAAUCGGAAAACAGCAUAGAUCAAAAAUAAACAAGCACAAGGAGAUGCUGCUACAGUGCAAAAGAGUGGCUUCUCACUGUGUCAAAUAUGCUCGUCAAAAGGCGGUAGGUAAUCUUCUUUGCAAAUCAAAUUCUGGGGCUUGUUUUGAUUAUAGGUGGCCAACGAUAAAUAAAACAGUAGUUCUGAUUCUUGGGAAUAGAACAACUCUGCUGUAA